AGUUUGGAUCAACAGAGACACAUACAGUUACUCUGUUAUUAAAGCUGUUCAUCUACAUAUUAUGGAUCCAUGUUGUGGGGCAUCAAAGACAGUACGAGUAAAUAGUGGAGCAACUUCUGCUUUCAGCUGUGAAUAUUCAAAGAAUCAAAGAUAUUCUAGAAAAAUCAUAUUCAAAACAAAAAAUGGCAUCAUUGAUGAGGUGAUCUCCACUACUGACAAAUAUCAGAAAGAAAGAUUCAGCAUUUAUGAUUCAUGGAACCUCUUCAGUGUGAAGAUUACUGCUGUGACACCAGAUGAUGGAGGAGUUUAUUUGUGUGGAGUUUGGCACUAUAGACACCCGUACAGUUACUCCAUUAUUAAUACUGUUAGUUUACAUAUUAUUAGUAAGUAUGAAGUGGGCAUGUCUAGAGUGAGCGGCUACUCAGGAGGUGGUCUGAUGAUCAAGUGUGAACAUCCUCAAUACAAAACCCAGCCAAAAUACAUCUGUAAAGAAUCAGAUGGAUGUUCAGAGAGGGAGAAUCCAGGAGUUCAGGAUGAAUGGAUGGAGAAUGGAGAUGUUUCUUUAUAUGACGACACCAGAGCAGGAGUCUUGAUGGUGUUUUUUAGAGAGCUGAAAGCUGCAGAUGCAGGAACAUAUAGGUGUGGAGUAAAUAUAUCUGACUAUGCUGAGAGCUUCACUCAACUUCAGCUGCGCGUCAAACACGAUCCAAGAAAUCCAAAGAGAGUGACAGAAUAUGCUCUUUUUGGUGGAGAAGUCAACUUCACCUGUCAGAUCCCAGAGCAACAUAAAGUUGAUUUCUGUAAAGAGGAUGAUAAUCAAAUCUGUCAAAACAUCAGCUCAUCUAAAGUGAUACAAAUCAGUGGUUCAUCUGAGAGAAAUGAAGAGAGAGUUUUUACAGUGAGCAUCAGUAAUGUGAGCGUGAGAGAUGCUGGAGUUUACUGGUGUGGAGCAGAAACCAGAGACACAUAUUUGACUUUCAUCUCCCUGACCACGAAAAUUCAGCUCAACCUCCUCACUAAAGUGGGCAUGUCUAGAGUGAGCGGCUACUCAGGAGGUCGUCUGAUGAUCAAGUGUGAAUAUCCUCAAUACAAAACCAAGCCAAAAUACAUCUGUAAAGAAUCAGAUGGAUGUUCAGAGAGAAAGAAUCCAGGAGUUCAGGAUGAAUGGAUGGAGAAUGGAGAUGUUUCUUUAUAUGACGACACCAGAGCAGGAGUCUUGAUGGUGUUUUUUAGAGAGCUGAAAGCUGCAGAUGAAGGAACAUACAGGUGUGGAGUGAAAGUAUCUGACUAUACUGAGAGCUUCACUCAACUUCAGUUGCAUUUCAAACAUGAUGCAAAAUAUCCAAAGAAUGAGACUGAAUCUGUGUAUCUUGGUGGAGAAGUCAACAUCACCUGUCAGAUCCCAGAGACAUAUGAAGUUCAUUUUUGCAAAGAGGAUGAUAAUCACACUUAUAAUCAUAUCUGUCAAAACAUCAGCUCAUCUAAAGUGACUCAAAUGAGUGGUUCAUCUGAGAGAAAUGAAGAGAGAGUUUUUACAGUGAGCAUCAGUAAUGUGAGCGUGAGAGAUGCUGGAGUUUACUGGUGUGGAGCAGAAACCAGAGAUACAUAUUUGACUUUCAUCUCCCUCACCAAGAAAAUUCAGCUCAACCUCAUCAUGGCUCCAGCAGUGAGACAUGAAGGAGAAUCUGCUGAGAUCAUCUGUCCUUAUGAUUCAAUCUAUAAAUCAAACACAAAGUCUCUCUGUAAGGGGAAGUGCUCCACUAGAGACAGAAAUCCUCUCAGUGAGACUGUGAGAGAAGAGAAAGAGACCAAGACUGACAGACUGACUCUGAAAGAUAACGUCACUGCAAGUGUCUUCACUGGGACCAUCACUGGACUGACAGCAGAGGAUGCUGGGAAAUACUGGUGUGCAGUGACAUUAGAAACAGACCUCAAUUAUCUUUACACUCAUCUGAUGGUCAUCAUGAACGAGGAGCUGAACUUGACUAAGUAUGAAGGAGACGACGUGUCAAUCCAGUGCAAACAUCAUGAUGAAGAUCAGAAAAGCUUCUGCAAAGCACAUGAAGCCUCCAUGUGUGUGAAGGAGGGAGUUUCAUUGGAGACGAUCAGAGAUGAUCGAUUCUCUUUCAGUGAUGAAGCAUCUACUGGAGUCUUUACUGUGAACAUCACUGAUCUGAGAGAAGAGGAUUCUGGGAUAUACUGGUGUGGAGCUCAUGUCACAGUUAGAGUCAAUCUAGAAGUCAAGAAAAGUGUUUCUGACAGAAUCAUCGUCUCUUGCGUUUGUAUGACUGUGCUGCUGAUGGGAGCGUCUGUCCUGUUUUUAUACAAAUUAGGAUACAUCAAGACACGAGAUCAGCACCCUUCCACAGACAGGACGGAGAUGAGCAGUGGGGAGGCCUCUCAUGCAGCAUGUGACUAUGAGAAUAUCAGAGACGUCAGACAGCGUUCAGUCUCGGGAACUGAGGAAAAUGUGUUGUAUUCCACUGUUACAAAUCCCACAGACACGUCUGAUCCACACGACACAUUGUAUUCUACAGUACAGCUACCCACAAACCCCUCUGAUGGGAUCCUGUACGCUUCGGUCCAUUUCCAGAAGCAUGCAGAGUCUCUCAGUGAUGCUAAAGUAACCUUCAAUAACGAGGAGAUUUACUGUGAUUACACCACGGUCAGUCCACGUACAUCACUCAGCUAGAUCCACUCUUAAAAAUAAAGCUUUCAGAAGAUUCCUUACCCUCUGGUUCAUUUAGACACUUCAGUGAUACUAAAAUAAAUGUAUUAUGUCUCAUUUCAUGAAAUACAUUUUUCACUCAAAACAAGAAGUAUUUUAUGACUUGUGUUUGUCAUUACUGGAGCACGUUCACAACUACACUUGUGGUUAUGCAAAAACGGCUCAUAAAUGUGAAGGAAAUUCAUAAUUGUGAGGAAAAACUCCACUAGUAGCAUUUGUUUGCAUUACACACUUGAUCUGCUCUCUGUGUUUACUAUCAGACGUUUAUCAGUUUACUAUAGUUAGUCAUUUUGUCACACAUGUGAAAUUACAGAUAACAGAACCUCUAGAUAAGCAAAGUAAACACAAAAGCAGAGCAUCUGGAAAUAUACAAGAAAACAACUGAACUGUGCUCUUUUUUUACACAGCUGGGUUUUUAGGUGUUGUUCACACACGACACACUCUUGCACUCAAAAGCAUCUGGAAAUGAUUGAUGCAGCAAAAUGCUCCACAAAGAAGGAACCACUUACAGAUGUAUUUUCAUUAUGAAUUUUACUUACUGGAACUGUUUAUUUAUUAUUUCUAACUGCACUGUGUUUGUUCAGACAUGCCUCAUAAACUGAGGGACCAUAGGAAUAAAGCAGUGUGUUUAGGUGCUGUAUCAGUUAUUAGACUGAGAUUUUAAAGGGGUCAUCAGAUGCAAAAUUCACUUUACAAGUUGUUUGAACAUAAAUGUGUGUUGGACGCGUGUCCACAUCCAUCCUAUAAUGAUAAAAAUCCACCCAGUGUUUUUUUUUUUUUUUUAAUAUAUCCCUAUUUUAAAAUCCUCUCUCAAAUCAGGCUGUUCUGAGAUUCCUGUCAGAAUGACGUAGUUCUGCGCAGACCGCUCCCACUAUAGCUGAUUGACAAGACCGUCUUAUCCUUAGACCCGGCCUGAGUGAGCUUUGAGCUUCGACUCUGGUGCAGGGAAGACAAGAUGUCUCCGAUUGAGCAACUGAGGUGUUUUGUUGUUGGACGUAAUAAUGAAUAGCAGUCAUCAUUUACUCCCAACAUCUGAGCCGCUGAAGACGCAGAGGAUUAACAUUACUUUCGCUUUGAAGGGAAUGCGCCAAUCCCAAUCUGCCUAAAUGUGUUUAUGUUCGUGCAAAUCAUUCGCGAUCCAGCUUCAUCUACAAAAGAAGUGCUUAUCAGGGUUUUUAUGAAUCUUUGCAAAUUUCCUUUCCUAAUAAUGUGCUAGUUAGCCAGUUUCACAACUGAAGUUUACAGUCUGCUCGUCACUCCAGGGAACAGAGGGGUGGGGUCAGCAGAGCUCAUUAGCAUUUAAAGCAACAUGGCCUAAAAAAACGGCUUGCUGAAAACAGAGCUGUUUUUGACAUGGUAAAGAAGGUGUUUUUUUACACUACCAUUGAGAAAUUUUAGUCAAAGUAUGUUAUAGACUUUUCAUUAAGACCCUAAAGAAUCAUAUCAACUUGUGGAAAAUGGGCAUCCGAUGACCCCUUUAAUGCAUGCUAAAUGAAUUAUAUUAUCACUUUUUUAUAUUAUCACAUUGUUCAUAUCAUGUCUAUUGUAUAGUUCAUCAACUGUGUGUGUUUGCACAGUUUCAGUUUUUCAUUCAUCGAGUGUUUUAUAUUCAAAGUGAUAAUCCUACAGGCACACUAAAACACCUCUAGUCAGUUGUUUGACUUGACUACUAACUAUUCGAUUUGUAUAUCACACAUGUUCUGUUUGAGUUUGCUGCCCUCUGCUGUUUAAGAAUUAAAAUGCCAUUUAAAACUUCACUGGUUUAACUCAUUUAUUCAUUUGGUAAUAGUCAGCGAGUAACAUCAUGACUUAUGAAAAAAGAUACAAAGACUGAUUUGAAGGCACAAAUAGAUGCAA